AUGGAACUGCACAGUAUUCAUGGACAGAAACACCACAUUCGGCAACGUAGUAACAAUAAUUUGGCAAAACAAGAAUCUAAAGUUGUCUUAACCAAGCUUUUAGGCAGCUCACUUCUAGAUACCGUAUGUUUUUUGGCUAAACAGGAAUUACCGUUCAUUUUAAAGAAGCAGAGAGGCUGCAUAUCUUUCAGCGAUAUCCGCCUCAAGCCUUGCAUAUGCAGUUACCAGAGUUUGUGCGAAAGGAGAACUAGGCGAAUACUGCGGAUGCGACAGCAGAAUAAAGAAGAAAAAAGCUCAAAAAUGGAAAUGGGGAGGAUGCAGCGAUGA